GUAACUGUCAAGUCUAAAAUGCCGAGUGAGGGCAAUUCUGUAAUCACACAUGGUCCAUCCUCCGCACUCUUUCACUGUGAAGAGACAGCACAAGCACACAGGUAGGAGCAGAUCAGUUGAAGAAAGAUGGUAGGAGGAGGUGGUCUAACUUACACGGUGAGUAUCGCAGUCCUAACAUGCGCACUCGCGCUCUGUCCAACCCUCCAUGCGAGCCCACAAGACCCAAAGAUACUCCAAGUCACAGACGAUCAUCAUUACUACUCCCACAAUCAGCUUCUAGGCACCGCCACAGAGCAUCACUUCCGGAGCUUCAUGGAGGAACACGGGAAAGAGUACUCUACGAGAGAGGAGUACGUGCACCGCCUCGGGAUCUUCGCCAAGAACCUCAUCAGAGCGGCGGAGCACCAGGCGCUCGAUCCCACGGCCGUCCACGGCGUCACGCCCUUCUCCGAUCUGUCUGAGGAGGAGUUCGAGGCGGCGUUUAUGGGAGUCAAAGGCGGCGGUGGGUCCCACUUGAACGAUGGUAUCGCCGGUACGGCGACCGUGAUGGAGGUUGGGGGUUUGCCGGAGAGUUUUGACUGGAGAGAGAAAGGCGCAGUUACUGAGGUCAAGAUGCAGGGUAUUUGCGGGGCGUGCUGGGCUUUUAGUACAACAGGAUCUAUUGAAGGAGCAAAUUUCCUUGCAACUGGGAAGCUUCUUAAUCUGAGUGAGCAGCAGCUUGUAGAUUGUGAUCACACGUGUGAUGCAAAAGAGAAGGAUGCUUGUAAUAAUGGAUGCUUAGGAGGCCUUAUGACAACUGCUUACAAGUAUUUGAUCGAGGUGGGAGGCUUAGAAGAUCAAGAUUCAUAUCCUUAUACAGGAAAAUGCGGCGAAUGCAAGUUCAAGCCCGAGAAAGUAGCUGUUAGAGUAAUGAAUUUCACCAAUGUCCCCAUUGAUGAAAACCAGAUAGCAGCUAAUCUUGUCCACCAUGGCCCUCUUGCAGUUGGAUUGAAUGCUGUGUUCAUGCAAACUUACAUCGGUGGAGUGUCGUGUCCGCUCAUUUGUGGCAAGAAAUGGCUCAACCACGGCGUUCUACUCGUGGGGUAUGGCUCGAAAGGCUUCUCCAUUCUCAGGUUUGGCUACAAACCUUACUGGAUAAUCAAGAACUCGUGGGGGAAGCGUUGGGGCGAGAGUGGUUACUACCGUCUCUGCAGGGGACAUGGCAUGUGUGGAAUGAACACAAUGGUCUCUGCUGUGAUGACUCAAACCUCCUAGAAUAUGUCUAUAUAUAUAUAUAUAUAUGCGAAGUUGUUCUGCUCCUGUAAUGGCUUAAAUGAGUGGUAACAUGUUGUGUGACAUGCAUUUUACUGUCUUGCAUGUCCACUUGCUUUGUUCUA